AAAACCCAACCUGCUUUACAAGCUUCAUUACCCCUCACCGUCUCCAUCCCCUCAAUAAUCACGAUGCUGGCCCAGCCCCACCACCGCCGGCAUCAACCCUCCGCCACCGCCCGACACCACUCACCCAACCCCUACUCCCUGGAUUACGACCUCUGGGCUGAGAUGCUUAUGAAAUCUAACCGCAACUCCUUCGGCCGACCGGACACCGAGCAGAACUUCGGUCCGUGGACUCGCAGACCUCUCCCGCCACCCCCAUCCGCUUCCGCCGCCUCCGAUGAACUUAAGUACCCUCCGCCCACGAACACCAGGGCACAGACGAUCGAAAAGUACCGACAGGAGAUGAUGGACUUGGUGCGGAACAUGCCAGAAGAGGAAGAGGAAGAAGUUCCCGCGUAUGAGCUGUCGUUGAGGGAUAUCGUGGAGUCUCCGGUAGCGAAGAAGCCGGAGGUUGAGACGGCUGAGGAUAGCUUUGAAAUGAAGAGGAAACAGAGGAGGGUUUCGAGAGAGGGAAAGAACGGGAUGUCGGGGUUACUUAUGAAGGCGUUCAUACCUAGGGUUAGGGCUGCGCUGGGCGGUCGCAAGAGAAUCGCCGGAGUCGGUGCAGGGAAAGGAGCAAAGGUCUCGCCGAAGCCGAGCAACAGUGAUUGUGAGGAAAGGAGUUGCAGUAAUGGAAGCUGUGAUAGCAGCAGCAGCAGAAGAAACGGGGGUGGAAUGGGAUCAUGCUAUUCAUUCCUGCACAAGCAUAGGAGCAAAUCCAUGGAGAUAUAAAUCAAAGUGUUCUUCUUUUAUCAUGAGAGUUUCUGCUUAUGUUUUGAAUUUCUUCAUCUGAGGCUUAUCGAGUGGAUGCUUGGAUCAAAAUUCAGAUCUUGCUUAUUUAUGUAAAUAUAUGUAUUAUAAAAAUGGUUAACAUGAGCAGUUUCUUCUGUGGCGUUUGCUAAGCAUUAUUGCAAUUUCUAUAAAUAUAUAGAAUCUUUAUGCA